AGCGCUGCGCACCCGGCCAGUCCGCUUGUCAGGCCGCCUGCUCUCCCCGCCGUCUGGCUUUCCGCCUUGCGGCACCCGGCCCUUCCCCAUGCUGGCACCCCCGGCCACGGAGGCCGCGAUCCCCAUGUCCCAAACAGAGGCUGAUCUGGCCCUGCGGCCCCCGCCCCUCUCGCCCCCUCCUCGCCGAGUGCGACGCUUCUCCGGGAAGGCUGAACCCUGGCCGCGCUCUUCUCGUCUCAGCCGCCGCAGCUCUGUCGACUUGGGGCUGCUGAGCUCUUGGUCCCAGCCAGCCUCACCCGUUCCAGAACCCCCUGAUCCUCUGGACUCCGCUGGUCCCAGCUCGGUGAAGAGCCCUCCACUUCGCUCCGAAGAGACCCCCGAGGGCACGUGGACUGGGGGAGCCCCUGUGAAGGCCACAGAUUCCUCAAGUCCCGAGCUCACAGACUCUGCAGGAGUCCCCAGGUCCAGGGAGCCGCCAAGGGUUCCAGAAGCCACAGCGCGAGCGCGGCGGCAGGAGCAGGAAGAAAAGGAGGACACGGAGACUCAGGCUGUGGCUACGUCCCCUGACGGCCGAUACCUCAAAUUUGACAUCGAGAUUGGUCGUGGCUCCUUCAAGACGGUGUAUCGAGGGCUAGACACCGACACCACAGUGGAGGUGGCCUGGUGUGAGCUGCAGACUCGAAAACUGUCUCGAGCGGAGCGGCAGCGCUUCUCCGAAGAGGUGGAGAUGCUCAAGGGGCUGCAGCACCCUAACAUCGUCCGCUUCUACGACUCGUGGAAGUCGGUGCUGAGGGGCCAGGUUUGCAUUGUGCUGGUCACCGAACUCAUGACCUCGGGCACGCUCAAGACGUACCUGAGGAGGUUCCGCGAGAUGAAGCCGCGAGUCCUUCAGCGCUGGAGCCGCCAAAUCCUACGGGGGCUUCAUUUUCUACACUCCCGGGUACCCCCCAUUCUGCACCGGGAUCUCAAGUGCGACAACGUCUUUAUCACGGGUCCUACAGGCUCAGUCAAAAUCGGAGAUCUGGGCCUUGCCACGCUCAAACGUGCCUCCUUUGCCAAGAGCGUUAUCGGGACCCCGGAAUUCAUGGCCCCCGAGAUGUACGAGGAAAAGUACGAUGAGGCCGUGGACGUUUACGCGUUUGGCAUGUGCAUGCUGGAGAUGGCGACUUCGGAGUACCCUUAUUCCGAGUGCCAGAAUGCCGCGCAAAUCUACCGCAAGGUCACUUCGGGCACAAAGCCUAACAGCUUCUACAAGGUGAAGAUGCCAGAGGUGAAGGAGAUCAUUGAAGGCUGCAUCCGCACGGAUAAGAACGAGAGGUUCACCAUCCAGGACCUUCUGGCCCACGCCUUCUUCCGCGAGGAGCGCGGCGUGCACGUGGAGCUGGCGGAGGAGGACGACGGCGAGAAGCCGGGCCUCAAGCUCUGGCUGCGCAUGGAGGACGCGCGGCGCGGGGGGCGCCCACGGGACAACCAGGCCAUUGAGUUCCUGUUCCAGCUAGGACGAGACGCAGCCGAGGAGGUGGCGCAAGAGAUGGUGGCUCUGGGCUUGGUCUGUGAAGCAGAUUACCAGCCAGUGGCCCGUGCAGUGCGUGAACGGGUUGCCGCCAUCCAGCGAAAGCGUGAGAAGCUACGCAAAGCUAGGGAGUUGGAGGCCCUCCCACCAGAACCAGGACCUCCACCAGCAACUGUCCCCAUGGUUUCUGGACCCCGCAGUGUCUUCCCUCCUGAGCCUGAAGAACCAGAGGCAGACCAGCACCAGCCCUUCCUCUUCCGCCAUGCCAGCUAUUCCUCUACCACCUCGGAUUGCGAGACUGAUGGCUACCUCAGCUCCUCCGGCUUCCUGGAUGCCUCAGACCCUGCCCUUCAGCCCCCUGGGGGGGUGCCAUCCAGCCCCGCUGAGUCCCAUCUCCGCCUGCCCUCGGCUUUUUCCCUAUCCAUUCCACGUUCUGGCCCUGGCAGUGACUUUUCCCCUGGGGACAGCUAUGCCUCAGAUGCAGCAUCAGGCCUCAGCGAUGUGGGAGAAGGGAUGGGACGGAUGAGGAAACCACCAGGGAAGAAUCUCCGGCGCAGACCCCGGUCCCGACUGCGGGUCACUAGUGUCUCAGACCAGAAUGACAGAGUGGUUGAGUGCCAGCUACAGACCCACAACAGCAAGAUGGUGACUUUCCGGUUUGAUCUGGAUGGAGACAGCCCAGAGGAGAUUGCAGCUGCCAUGGUGUAUAAUGAGUUCAUUCUGCCUUCGGAAAGAGAUGGAUUCCUGAGCCGGAUUCGGGAGAUUAUCCAGCGAGUGGAGACCCUGUUGAAGAGAGACACUGGCCCCGUGGAGGCUGCUGAAGAUGCCUUAGGCCCCCAGGAGGAGCCAGCACCAUUGCCUUCCCUCCCGGACCCCCUUCCAGACCCAUCCAGUGAGCUCCAGAGCAGCACCUCCCUGGAGCAGAGGAGCUGGGCAGCCUACUCCACUUCCUCAUCUUCUCCUGGAACUCCCCUGUCUCCUGGAAAUCCAUUUUCCCCUGGAACCCCCAUUUUUCCAGGCCCCAUUUUCCCCAUCACUUCUCCCCCCUGUCACUCCAACCCCUCUCCCUUUUCCCCCAUUUCUUCCCAGGUCUCCUCUAGUCCCUCUCCACAGCCUCCCAGCUCGCCACUGCCAUUCUCCUCCAGUGCACCACAGUUUCCAGCCCCAUCCUCUCAGUUUUCCCAGAGCACUUUUCCUCCCAGUUCCCCAUCCCCAUUCUCUCCUGGUUGUCCCCAGGUCACUCUUAAUUCUCCUUUCUUUCCUCCUUGCCCCUCUCCUCCUCCCCUCCCCUCUCCCCCAGCAGCUCCUUUCCUCUCUUUGGCCAGUGCCUUCUCGUUGGCUGUGAUGACUGUGGCCCAGUCCCUGCUGUCCCCCUCACCUGGGCUCCUUUCCCAGUCUCCUCCAGCUCCUCCUGGUCCCCCACCUAGCCUGCCCCCUCCUGCUGUCCUUACUUCUAAUGGCCAGGAGACCUCUCCACCCCACACAGCAGAGAUGGAGAGUGAGGCCUCCCCAAGUUCUACUCGGCCACUCCUGGGUGAAGCCAGACUGGCGCCCAUCUCUGAAGAGGGAAAGCCCCAGCUUGUUGGGCGUUUCCAAGUGACUUCAACCAAAGAACCAGCUGAGCCUCUUCCCCUGCAACCAACACCUCCAACUCUAUCCAGUUCUCUGAAGCCUCCAACCCCUCAGCUGACCUCAGAGAGCUCAGACACAGAGGAUAGUGCUGGAGAUGGGCCAGAGACCAGGGAGGCUCUGGCAGAGAGUGACCGUGCAGCUGAGGGCCUGGGGACUGCAGUUGAGGAGGAAGGAGAUGAUGUAAAGGAACCCCGAGUUGGGGGCAGCUCUCCACCCCUGAGUCAUCCCAGCCCAGUGUGGAUGAACUAUUCCUAUAGCAGCCUGUGUCUGAGCAGUGAAGAGUCAGAGAGCAGUGGAGAAGAUGAGGAGUUCUGGGCUGAGCUGCAGAGUCUUCGGCAGAAGCAUUUGUCAGAGGUGGAGGCACUACAGACACUACAGAAAAAGGAAAUUGAGGAUUUGUACAGCCGGCUUGGGAAGCAGCCCCCACCGGGUAUUGUGGCCCCUGCCGCUAUGCUGUCCAGUCGCCAACGCCGUCUUUCCAAAGGCAGCUUCCCCACCUCCCGUCGCAACAGUCUGCAGCGUUCUGAGCCACCAGGCUCUGGCAUCAUGCGAAGAAACUCCCUGAGUGGCAGCAGUACCGGCUCCCAGGAGCAGCGGGCAAGCAAGGGGGUGACUUUCGCCGGGGAUGUUGGCAGGAUGUGAAUUCAGAACAGAAGCCAUGUGCCUCUCCCACACCAGGGCCCACCAUGGAGCUUGUGCUCUCAGAAUUUGAUGCUUUUCUGACCAGUACAACUCAGCAAGGAAGACCCCAGCACUGAGGGGGUAGAAGGCCAGGGGGGACAUGGAAAGUGUGGCUUCAUUAUAGUGACAAGCUAAACACGUGGGAACUGUAUGCUGUGUGGAAGUAUAGCAGGCUAUAGAACUUCUAUCUUCAUCUCCAACCCCUUCCUAGCCAAGGGUCAACCACUAGCAAUCCCACCCAAGCCCAGAUGCUUCUCGAAGGCCCACCCCCAGUUUGGAGUGUAGGAUGUGCUCACACCAGAAUUAGCAGCAAAUAAAAAUGCUGGAAACAAAGA